AUGACCGAAUUGAUCCCAAGCUGGCAGCAACCCAGCCACCCAGACCGACUUCUAGUGGUCAAAGGCGACCAACCCUACACAUCCUCAGCGCGAUCCCUCAUCUCCCUACCAGCAGGUGCCUUCUUCGCCAAAAUCACCACCGCCACCCCUGGCGAUCACGAUACAUACUCCUCCGUCGCAACAGGCAUAGACUCCCGGAUCGAGUUGAAUUCAGACCUCGUCUACUGCAACCACUCCUGCGCCCCGAGUCUGGUAUUCGACAUGACGAGAUUCGAAAUCCGUGUUGCGGAUGACCGUCCUUUGGCUGUCGGGGACGAACUGACCUUCUUUUAUCCGAGUACGGAGUGGACAAUGGUGCAGCCGUUUCAGUGUCGGUGUGGAGCUGGCCUGGGGAAGUGCUUGGGGCGAAUUGCGGGCGCCAGUCAGAUUCAUUCCUCGGUUCUGAAGGAGUAUUGGCUGAAUAUUCAUAUCCGGCAGCAGUUGGAUGUUCUUCCGGCUUGCGAAGUGAAGGCGGCCAUACCACCUCGUACGGUUGAGGUGAAGGAAUAG